AUGGCAGCCAGUUCGGAAAUGAAAGGUUGCCAAGAUGGCUUUAUGGAGUCUCGAGAUGAUAUUCCGUUGAAAGAGUCCGGAAGCGAUGGUGUUCUUGAUGAGCAGAAGGUGGAAUACCCAUCGCCGACCAAGCUAGCGCCUAUAAUUCUAGGUUUAUGCUUUCAAUCAUUUUGCAUUGCUCUGGACAAUACAAUCCUGUCAACCGCGAUCCCCAAAAUCACAGAAGAAUUCAAUUCUCUCGAAGACCUUGCCUGGUAUGCGAGCGCAUAUCUGUUGACGACUUGUGCAGUAACCCUCCCUUUCGGCAAAAUAUACACCUACUAUUCAACGAAAUGGACAUACAUCAUCGCUCUUGGGUUAUUUGAGUUGGGAUCUUUGAUAUGCGCAGUGACACCGACGUCGAAAGGCCUGAUCCUUGGAAGAGCUAUUGCGGGAGUUGGGUCAGGUGGACUUUCUCCGGGCGCUCUCCUUGUCCUCGCAAAUAGCUUGCCUUUGCAUCGCCGUGCUCUAUAUUUUGGAAUAAUUGGUAGCACCAGCGGUAUCGCGACCGUGACUGGUCCAUUGCUUGGCGGACUGCUAACUGACCAUGUCAGCUGGCGAUGGUGCUUCUAUAUCAAUCUCCCUCUUGGAAUACUCACCGGAUUAUUUAUAAUAUUGUUCUUCAAAGACUCAAAUAACACCCAAAGAAAGCGCGAGCCUGGGAAAAUAAACCAAGUCAAAAGAAUGGACCCUUGGGGAAUUCUCGUUUUCAUACCAGCUAUCAUAUCGAUAUUGCUCGCCAUGCAAUGGGGAGGGACGAAGUACGAAUGGAAGGACCCGCGGAUCAUCAUUCUGUUUGUGAUAUUUGGGGUUUUUGGCUCCGUAUGGUGUCUGAUUCAAUUUUGGAAGCAAGAAGAGGCCACGGUUCCUCUCCGUUUGCUGAAGAAUCGCAAUGUUCUUGGCGCCGUCAUCCAUGCGAUGUUUCUGGGAGGCUCGUUCUUUGUAUUUGGAUACUAUCUCCCCAUUUGGUUUCAAGCAAUUGAAGGAGAAUCAGCAUCAGAAUCCGGAAUCAAUAACCUCCCCAUGGUGGUAUCGAUGAUAGUAUGUUCAGCGAUUGGAGGAUUGCUGGUCAAUCUUCUCGGGUAUUAUACACCUCUCAUGUUUCUCGGAAGCGCACUCCUCACAAUCGGGUCGGGACUAUGUACGACAUUCCAAGUUCAGACAUCACACGAAAAAUGGAUUGGCUACCAGAUUAUUAUAGGGAUCGGAGCUGGGGUAGGAUUUCAACAAUGCAUUAAUGCUUUGCAGACGGUCCUGCCAUUGCAUGACAUACCGAUUGGAAUCGCAAUCAUUACUUUCUCGCAAAGCCUGAGUGGUGCACUCUUCAUCUCAAUCGCCCAAAAUGUCUUUCAAAACCGACUAGUGGCAAGUCUCCUCGAAAAUGCCCCCAUGGUUAACCCUAUUUCUGUCAUCCGAUCCGGAGCCGCAAAUUUGUCACAUCGGCUUCCCAAGGAGGCUCUUCCCUCGGUUCUUUUCGCAUACAAUAUCGCUGUGACGCAGACAUUUUACGUUUGUGUAGCAACAGCAGCUCUUUCAUUCUUUGGGGCGUUAUUGGUGGAAUGGAAAUCCAUGAAGCGUCAGAAAAUCAACUCGGAGUCUGAACAAUGA